AUGGAAGAGGCACUUGUGGAUCGUUCGGACUUACCCAUGCUGCAUCCUUCUCGGGCAAAUGGAGCUAAAUGGUUUAAGCACCACACACAAGUAUCAACUGCUGUAAGAAGGGUCAUUCAAAGUUACUUCAAAGGCCCAUGGUACUCCUGGAAAAGAGUGUCAACCUUCUACAGACAAGCAUUGUUUAAUCUGUUUAAGGGAAAGUUUAAUUGGGAUCCUACUAUCAAUGGUCAAGUUCAAAGUGAGUUUAAUAAGCUUGCUGCUUAUCGUUUGAGAGGUAUGAUAAGUCAUGCAAAGAGGACUGGAGUCAAACCAGACUGGAUUUUGAAAGACUAUUGGACCAUCAUGGUAGCUUAUUGGGCAACACCAAAAGCAAAAGCCAAUAGCGAGAAGGCUCGUAAUUCUCGAUUGUCUGAUCGCAGUGGCUUGGGUCCACAUUCCCACAUAUCUGGUUCACGUUCCUAUGCCAAAGUUCAAGAUGUUCUGGUUUUGUUUGUUUAG